GUAGUAUCAGCUGCUCGUAUCCUCCUGAGAAAUCCUGGAAAUCAAGCUGCUUAUGAACAUUUUGAGACCAUGAAAAACCAGUGGAUUGAUAAUGUAGAAAAAAUGACAGGCUUGGUGGAUGAAGCCAUUGAUACUAAAUCGCUGUUGGAUGCAUCAGAAGAGGCUAUUAAGAAAGAUCUUGAUAAGUGUAAAGUUGCCAUGGCCAACAUGCAGCCUCAGAUGUUGGUAGCUGGUGCCACCAGCAUUGCCAGACGAGCAAACCGCAUCCUGCUGGUAGCAAAACGGGAGGUUGAAAAUUCAGAAGACCCUAAAUUUCGGGAGGCUGUUAAAGCAGCCUCUGAUGAGCUAAGUAAAACUAUAUCACCGAUGGUAAUGGAUGCUAAAGCUGUGGCAGGAAACAUUUCUGAUCCUGGUUUGCAGAAGAGUUUCUUGGAUUCUGGAUACAGAAUUCUGGGAGCUGUGGCCAAAGUGAGGGAAGCCUUCCAGCCUCAGGAACCAGAUUUCCCCCCUCCUCCUCCUGACCUUGAACACCUUCAUCUGACUGAUGAGCUUGCUCCUCCAAAACCACCACUGCCAGAAGGUGAGGUUCCCCCACCCAGACCACCACCACCAGAAGAAAAGGAUGAAGAAUUCCCAGAGCAGAAAGCAGGAGAGGCAAUUAAUCAGCCCAUGAUGAUGGCUGCUAGACAGCUGCACGAUGAGGCCCGGAAAUGGUCUAGCAAGCCUGAUGUGACUGUGAUUAAUGAAGCGGCUGAGGCUGGUGUAGAUAUAGAUGAGGAGGAUGAUGCAGAUGUUGAAUUCACUCUCCCCUCUGACAUUGAAGAUGAUUACGAGCCUGAGCUGCUGUUAAUGCCAACCAAUCAGCCUGUUAACCAGCCCAUUCUGGCUGCUGCUCAGUCUCUGCAUCGGGAAGCAACCAAGUGGUCUAGUAAGGGGAACGACAUCAUCGCUGCUGCCAAGCGAAUGGCUCUGCUGAUGGCAGAGAUGUCGCGCCUGGUGAGAGGAGGGAGCGGCAACAAGCGUGCCCUCAUCCAGUGUGCCAAGGAUAUUGCCAAGGCCUCGGACGAAGUCACCCGGUUAGCCAAGGAGGUGGCAAAGCAGUGCACUGACAAGCGCAUUAGAACAAACCUCCUGCAGGUCUGUGAGCGAAUCCCAACCAUCAGCACACAGCUGAAAAUUCUCUCCACUGUCAAAGCUACCAUGCUGGGCAGAACUAAUAUCAGCGAUGAAGAGUCGGAACAGGCAACUGAGAUGUUGGUUCAUAAUGCCCAGAAUCUCAUGCAGUCUGUGAAGGAAACUGUGAGAGAAGCUGAAGCAGCAUCCAUUAAGAUAAGAACAGAUGCUGGAUUCACUCUUCGCUGGGUCAGAAAGACCCCAUGGUAUCAGUAAACACUUGCCCACAUAAGUAUUGUUUUCUGUAACAUAAAAUGCCUUUUUUUGGAAACAGAAGAGAUUUAUUAACAGCAAAAGGUGCUGUAUACAUGAGCUUAAGACUAGCUUAUGCUAAUGCCCCAUUCUAAGGGUAUGAAUUAUAAGAUAAUGCAUUUCAAAUGUCUUUGGAACACAUUUGAUUUUCAACACCUCAAAUUUUCUGCCAACACUAGACUGUUCUUAGAGAUUAAUUAUUUUUUCUUUUCAAGAUUCUCUUAAUGAAUUCUGUACUCCCAGAAGCACAUUUCAUUUAUGCACUGUAUAUUCCAGUAGUUUCCAUGUGAUGAUAUAAAACAUGGACCUCACUUUAAGCUUGUCUUGAGAGUUUAGGACACUAUUGGUUACUUGGCAGUUUUUUAGAGACAUUAUGAAAACACUCAACUUUUCAACAGAAUCUUAGCUGGCUGUUCUUAAACCAUGCAGAAGUGAUGGAAGGUGUGGGGUUUUUAAUUAAAAAGGGGGGAGGUGGGGCAGGAGAACAGUUGUAAACUGAGGAUUAAAAUUCCAUGUCUGAAAUGAUACUUUUUUUGCUUUUGAUUUUUGCC